CUCUCGAGGAAGCCGACCGGCAUAGCAGAUCAGAUCGUAACGGAUGAGAAUGGGAGACGCAGGUUCCACGGUGCAUUCACUGGAGGUUUCUCAGCCGGCUACUACAACACUGUUGGCACAAAGGAGGGAUGGACUCCACAGGAAUUCCGCUCUUCGCGAGAUCAGCGAGCAGUCAAGUUUCAACAAAGAGCUGAAGAUAUAAUGGAUGAAGAGGAUCUGGGGGAGUUUGGUAUAGGAGCGCGACGAAUCCGUACUGUGGAAGAAUUUGGCUCGGGUCGAUCGGCAGAGAAACGAAUGGCAUGGGAACAUGACGUGACCAGCAGUUCCAACACUUCGAUGGCGAUGCACUUGGAGAAUAUUAUAAGGCCAGUCAGCGACUCCAUCGGCAAGCGAAUGCUUCGGUCGAUGGGUUGGCGAGAAGGACGAGGUGUGGGGUUAACGACAGCGAAGACAAAAAGGCAAUUUGACGAAGUGGACACGGAGCAGAUGAAGGCCAAGGCACCGGGCGGAUUCGAUCCUGCCGCAGAAGAUGUGCUUAUGACGCGACUGCGCUCUGUCGAAGGUGUUCAUGGUCUCGGCUACGAGGCAAUGAGUGCGUCAUCAGUGCUUGAUGAGCGGUAUGGUCGCAUUGCGUCAGCUUUCAAGACAAAUGCAAAGAGUCGUGGGAUUAAAGGACAGGUG